CAAAUUAGUGUGUUUAAUAGUUUUGCCUCAUUAAUUGUAUCAAUAUAGCUAAUUAAAUAUAAUAGAUGGCUAGAAAUUUUUAAAAUUUCGGAAGAAAAACUGUGAAUCCACUCUUUAGAUGUAGCAAACCAUGAGUGUGGCUUCAAACAUGCAAACAAAACAAAGGGAUGACAACAAGCAGGACAUGUUUCCCUUGAACAUCAAGAUCAAGCAGGAGAAAACGACCAGUUACGAGGAUUCCAGCAAAUCGGAAACGGUGGAUAAACUGUCGAUUGAUGUUAAUUUGAGGAACAUAUUCUCUACCACCAUCACCAGUAACAACGGCGGGACCGAAAAAGGCACAGAAAUCGCAGACGUUAAACCCUCCGUCGAGCCACUGAAAUCUUCGAACGAAAUUCUCACGGAACUGUUCCGGGUGUUCAAUGCUGCUCCUCCGGAAAUAAUCGAAGAUGAUUCCGACGAAGCUCCCACACUGGAAAAGAAAAAGAAGAAGCAUAAGCACAAAAAGCGAAGCAAAAAGAAAAAAGCCAACGGUAGUGAAUCGGACGGGGAGCUGGGUGAACUUAUCCUAUCCGAUGAGGACGAAAAGCGUAUUAAAAAGAAAAAGAGUAAAAAGGAAAAGCACGGCGAGCGCAAGCACGAGAAACACAAAUGCAAGAAAAAUCGAACCGGUGAAACAUUACUGGUAACGGUGAAGCAGGAACCGCUUGAUGAGAAUGAGAAAUCAGCAAAGCACAACGACCAAUCAAAGCAAGAAAUCGUGAAAGAAGUUAGCAAGCCGUUGGUAGUAAAACCGGAAGAGGUGAAGGCUCCUUUGAAGGGUAAGAUACAAAUCAAAAGUCUGAAAGAUAGCGCUAUUUUCAAGGAACUGGCAACAAGCUCUUCCCAAUCAAAGCUGCGCCAGCAUCGUAGUAACCCGUCGCAUAAAUCGGAACGCAGUGAACUGCGAAAACGAAAGGCUUCGGAUUCAGACUUUUCAAUCUCUGAGGAUGAGGAAAACGCAAAAGGGAGGUACUACGAUUUCUACAAAAAGAAGUACAACUCCUUCUAUGCGGGCUUCGAAGAGAAAGAUGAGCAAGAUAAGGAAAAACGGAACCGGCAUAGACGUAGCGAGGAUCGAGAUCGCAGACAUCGCUCGGGUUCGACACCCAAAUCACGCUCCCGUUCACGUUCUCCGGAACAGAUCGACAAACAGAAACUACUGGAAAUUGCACGCAAAAACGCCAUAAUUAUGCUAAAAAAGGGCACACUACCGGGAGCUCAAAAUCUCGAUGGAGAAUCGAAAAUCAAGCUCAUCUCGAAGAUGCGCGCCAGCGGCAAGAGUAUCGAGGAGUUGACUGCGUUUUGUAAAAAGAUAUCCCACAAAGAAAACUUCAACGAUCUUUCCAGCGUUUCUUCGGACGAGAGCGACCACGAUGCGGACGGAGCAUCCAAAGCUUUCCACCAUCCGUUCCAACUGAAGGAAACGGCACCGAUCGUAAUGAACAUUCGUAAUGCCACCACGAUCCAGCCCAAGUCUGCCGAGGAAAAGAAGUUGCUGCUGAUGCAGUUUCCCGUGUCUUCCGGGGCGCACCAUCGCGGCACGGAAACAGAGUGGAUUCCGGUAGACCCAAAAAAGACAACACCCGCACCGAAACCGACACAAACAGGUGCUGGCGAUUUGGCGGGUGGCUCUAGCGGACACGUAUUUAAAGCUAAACCAAAACCAGUCCUGCCACCGUCCUCUACCUUCGUGCCACAGCAAACCGCGACGCCAGCAAAACAUCCACAGGCGGCGUCAAACGUUGUUCCCACCGGAAGCAGUUCUAUGAUGCAGCCUACGGGAAGCGGGAUGCAGCCUCACGUUAGCCACAUGCCUGGCCCAUCCAUCGGGCCGUCUCAAUAUCAGCAGAACGAUAUCAGACAACCGUACCAUGCGUUACACGUUCCGCCUGCGAAUGUACAGCAGCAGCAGCCACAUUCGAUCCCUCCGCUAAUACCACCUUUCAGCGGUAUGCCCACGCCGGAUCCGUCGAGAGUGCUCCCCGUCGAUACCAGCAUUCCUCCACCGAACAUGAAUCCGAUUGGCCUCGGGACACGGCAGGAACCUCACCAGCAGCGACCCCACUGUUCGUCGGGGCAAACCCAUCCUGGACCAGGAUCGGAUAACAUUUUCAAUUCACAGAUGGACGCACCAAUGCUGGACGUGUCGCAAAUCGUUACCCAACGCUUGAACGCGAUGCGUAAACUGCAGGAAAACCCGUCCGAUCCGGACGCGCGCAAAAUGUUAUACAACACCCAAAAGGACAUGUCCACGUGGGCCUCGUCGAAGGCCAUGCCGGGUCAGUUUCUUGGCUCGACGGGCGUCAACUGUCUCAGCCAGCGCGAACUUGCCGAAGGUUACCAGCCGUGGGCAACGCGUGACAUGAUGAAACAGUCCGCCCCAGUCACCGGUGGCAUGGGGAUGCACUUGUUGCAAAAAAUGGGCUGGCAACCAGGUGAAGGACUUGGCAAGGAGAAGAAUGGCUCGUUGCAUCCGCUCCUGUUGGACGUGAAGCUGGACAAGCGUGGACUCGGUGAAGGAGAGAACAAGCAGCGACCGCACCACUUCCAGCAGAACCAAUUCCAACACCGGGACGGACGACAGCGGUAUAUGAACAUGAAACUCCACACUGACGGCAAACAUCCAGUAUCGAUACUGGGCGAGUACGCCACAAAACACAAAUGGAAUAUCCCGCAGUACGAACUGGUACACGAAAGUGGCCCCGGGCAUGCAAAGAAUUUUGUAUUCAAGGUAAUCGUAAAUGGACUCGAGUAUCAACCGGCAAUUGCGAACAACACCAAAAAAGAAGCGAAAGCAACAGCCGCUAAGUUCUGUUUACAACGGCUGGGAGUAAUGAUAACGUAAAAACACUGUAUGGAAUUGCUAUUACAGUUUCCCUGCUUCUACUUACGCCACGUGUCCUGCAAGGACAAAAUUGAGCACCCGUAAAUAAAGCAGCUAUCCAAGAUAACGAACCCAAUGGAUAGCGGAUAGCUAACUAUAUUGUAAAGCGAACCCUGUGUAAAAAAUGUAUUCGUUUAUCACAACAAAUGAUUAAAUUAAAACAACUAUCGUAGGCGAACAAUCAUCCAUGAACGUAAAAAGUG